UCAAUCUUUCAGCACCGAUGUCUUGUCUGCGAUGUUUCUUCUUUCGCAGCCCAACCAGCCGAAAAAGUCUCCGCAGUGGCUUCCGGGCCCUUGCCAUGGCGCUUUCCUACUGGGAGAAAUGGAAUAUGGUAUGGCUUGCAGCCAACUUCUACAUUCACUUCGGCUGGGAAAUGAGUUUGCUGGGCUUUUUUGACUAUGCCGAGUGGGAGGGAGGGUUCAAACCCUGGAAUUUUUUGUGUGCUACCUUCAGCAGCUACGGGAACUACGACCGACGUUACAAGUUGAAGCCAGCUGCCGAGUACCAUGGGACCAAGGCCAGUAUCGACAAGGUGGUCCUGGCCGUCGAAGUCCCCGCCGGACUGAUUGACGGAGCAUUGUGCCUGGUGUGGCUGAAGGGAAUCUUGGACAACGCCUGGUACCGAUGGCCCACUCAGCUGGUCGUCAGCGCUCUCCACGCCUUCGGAACGGUGGUCUUUUGGGCUGAUGAGCUGGUCCCAGGUUGGAUGAACUGGUACAAAGGCAAGGGAUGGAAGUGGACCCACACCGAUGGCCCACGGAACAUCCACUGGUGGUGGGCCUUCAUUGGUUCGAACUUGGUGUGGGUCGUAGUGCCCAUGAUGUACUGCAAGAGUGCCAUUGAAGUCAUGAAACCAGUGUUGAAGACCCUCAAGUAGGAGUUUCCGUGGCAGUUUGGAGCUGACCAUGGAGCAGGCGAACACAGGUUGCCGAUUUCCCCAAUUUGGCCACGCGAAUCGCAGCGGAGGCCGUUGUUUUAAAGAAAUUACAGGUGAAAUGAUGUCAAAAGUCUGAAACUGUGCGUAGGUCCAUUUUGAUCCGUUUUGGAAGAUCUUGAAGAUGAGAAAGUGACCUUUGCGGAAAGCGCGUCUCCGCUUGAAAA